ACAUUGGAAUUCAAAUAUGCAGACACAGACCUGCUGGUUGGAUUCCAAGAAGUGUUCGCUCUGCCAAUAGCAUAUGCUGAUCUUCUUCUAUUUUCCCAUUGUUACUCGGGUUCAAGUAAUGAACCUAAGUUGUAUGCUGCCGCCCUCGGACAAAAAGCUAAAGAUUCUCUGCUAAACUAUCUAAUACUAUUCGAAUACCAAGGUAUGGCCUGGGAGGAAACACACCGUGUUGAAGUCCUGAAUGGAGUACGGCUGGCGGCCCAACAGAUCGAUGACAUUAUCUACAUCAUCGUCGCAGAACACCAUGCUGGGACUGACAGGGGAUCAACAGUGUUCCGGGUCAACAGCGAUAGCGGAAUACUAGAGUAUGAACACACACUGUGUAACACACAACAGUUUCCUUCUCAUGUCAUAAUGUGGAAAUGGCAAGACACGCUUAUGUUUGCAGCUGUUGCGAAUUCUGAAAAUCCUCCAGGGUCUGCAAGCCGUUACUCCACACAAAGUCCUGUUUAUAUGUGGGAAGGAAGCCACUUCGAUAUGAUGCACACUUUGCCAACGUACAAUCCCCGAGCCCUUUCCCAUUUCAACAUACGCAGCUCUAUGUUUAUUGCUGUCGCCAACUUUCAGAAUGAUAAUGGUGAAACAUCAGUGGAUUCCGAUAUAUUCCGCUACAAUGUGGCCACAAACAGAUUCACUCUGUACCAGAAACUACCCACGGAAGCAGCGAUUGAUAUAAAAUACUUCUGCUUCCUCGGCGACCACAUCAGCGAGAGCUUUCUCAUCUACGCCAGUGCCUAUCACACAGAUGAGGAAGGCUUGAAAGAUUACAACACAGCAUCUGUAGUGUACAAGCUGUCUGAUGAGGAGUACUUUGUGCCUUUCCAAGCUCUCCGAGUGUCCAAGAUCACAGGAUGGCUCCCUGUCCGUUAUCCACAGAACGACAAGGAAGGACUGCUGCUGCUGGGGGCUACUGAGGAAGGUGUCAUCAGCUACCAGUACGACGGAUGGCGGUUUGUGGCCACAGGAGUAUAUUACGAUAGGUCUGCCUUUGGGCCAGGACUGAAAUCCAUCAGAGCUUUCUACUACAACAACCGGACCCUCAUCAGUGCUGCCAAUAAGCAGAGUGGAAGGUACGAGUACAACGUGUUUAGUCCUGUGCUGAGGCACCAUUCACUGAUGGGAGAGCUGCAGAAGGAAGUGUCAGCCUGGGAGGAACAGAUGAGGAGACAGGUGGCUGAUGCACACUCCAGAGUGGCUGCCUUGCUGGAGAUCGCUCUGGCCGCUCCCACUGUCAACGAUCCUGUUGUACAGCUGGGUGACCGAGUCGUCUUCCAUGACGUGGAAGUAGAAAAUUUGAUCACUCACAAGGUAGUGUCAUAAUAGUAUCCGAGACUC